UUUUCUCCUUCCCCAUCUUCUUUCUUCCUUGUGAAACAAGUGAGUAUUAUAUUUUUUUCUUCUUUGUGAAACUAUGAUGGAAGGAGAAAAGAGAAAGCAGAGGGAACACCAACAAGAUAAGCCAUACAGAGGAAUACGGAUGAGGAAGUGGGGUAAAUGGGUAGCUGAAAUUCGAGAACCAAACAAACGCUCUCGAAUUUGGCUUGGUUCUUAUUCUUCCCCUGUUGCUGCUGCUCGUGCUUACGAUACCGCUGUAUUUUACUUGCGAGGUCCUUCAGCUAGGCUUAAUUUCCCUGAAUUCAUAGUUGAUGACCAUGAAAAUCACGAUCUAUCAGCUGCUUCUAUUAGGAAGAAAGCUACUGAGGUAGGUGCUAGAGUUGAUGCUCUUCAAACUGCGAUUCAUAAUUCUACUGCUAUUCCUCCUGAAUCCAACUGUAAUUCCAAUUCGAAAUCAACAAGGAUGAUGAUGAAGCCUGAUUUGAAUGAAUAUCCUACCCCAGAAAGUUGCGACGAAGAUAAUUGAAUCUCUGCUUCAAAUUAAAGCCAUAAGCGGCGAGUUACAGAGGCGAAAAGGGGAUUAUUGUUAUGACGAUUAGAUAUAUUGAGGAUCCAUGUAUGAAAUAUAAUCCGAAGGGAUUAUAUGUUAAUAUUAUCAAUUAUGGUAGUUAUUAAAGGAAAUUAAUCUCAAAAUUACGAUUAGUGUU